UUUUUUUCACAACCGUCGUUCUCUCUGUCUUACGACCCAUCAUGCGCUACUCCGCCGUUUUCUCCGUUCUUCUCGCUGCUGCGACUGCCGCGCCAGCUCUGUCACUCCCCAUUGGACUAUUUGGUCUCGCGGCGAAAAGGAUGAGACUCUGUACGAGCGGGGCCUCGAGGACAACUUCUGGGCCCGCGACGUGAUGCCCAGGGGCGGCGGGGAGCCACGUCCACUGCCUCCGACGCCGAAGCCAAAGCCGCGACCGCUGCCUCCGACUCCGAAGCCGAAGCCGCGCCCACUGCCCAAACCGCCUACCAGCCGUCGCAGCUUGAGCGACUCUGAGCUUGAGGAGCGCGACCUCGAUGAAGAGUCCCUCCUCCAGCGUGCAUUCGACGAUGAGGGCGCCUUCUGGGUCCGCAGUGACCCCGGCCGGCCGAGGCCUCCACCUCCGCCGCCGCCGCCGCCGCACCCGCGCCCGCGCCCGCCGAGGCCCGUGGGACCGCGCCCCAUGCCUAGGGGUGUCGAGGGCUUGAGCGACUCUGAACUUGAGGAGCGCGACUUCGAUGAGGAAGCCUUCUGGACCCGCGAUGUAAUGCCCAGGGGCGGCGGGGAGCCGCGCCCACUUCCUCCGACCCCGAAGCCAAAGCCGCGCCCGCUGCCUCCGACCCCGAAGCCGAAGCCGAAGCCGCGCCCGCUGCCCAAACCGCCUACCAGCCGCCGCAGCUUGAGUGAGGUGGAGGAGCUGUUAGCCCGUGAGUUCGAGGAGGAGCUGUUCGCGAGGGCGAUGGAGAUCGACGAGUUGGACUGAGUCUUUGUGGAUGUCGAUAUGUUGAAGUGGUAGUUGAAUUGCGCGUUUGCUUACGCAUGUCGCUCAUUGUGUAUGCUCGGCAGAAUACGAUGGUGAUUGUGCC